AUGGCUACGGCCGAGGACAAGACACCCCCGGGCAUUCCCCCCGACCUGGGGCACCUACGUACAAAGGAAGAGAUGGAGCUCUAUUAUCGCAACUGUCGUCUCUCGAUGCCGCCCGGCCUUAGAAUUCCCAUGGCCUCUGGGCUGUCCUUCCUCGCCGGGUUUACCUUGGGAACGGCCAAGGGAGGAAAAUCGGCUGGGUUGCGAUUUCGAGCCGAGCAUGCACACAAGCUGCCUACCACUACGACCGGAUGGUUUCUGUACCACAAGAGUAAAAAUUACCAGGUUGCUUACGGCGGAGUCCGGGAAGGGUUCAAGAUGGGCCUCAAGAUAUGUUUUUGGAGCACGGCAACAUUCGCGAUAGAGCAGAUGUUCGACUCGUAUCGCGGUACAGCGGACCUCCUCAACACCGUCACAUCUUGCGUCGCGGUUGCAGGAGCAUUCAGCUGUUGGAAUCGUUUCUCGUUGCCCAUGACUGCCAGAACCACCAAGGCGGCUGUCGUUGCUGGACUCGUCUAUGGAGGGCUUCAAGACCUCCUUGGCGUGGCGAGAGGUCGGCGAAUCCGCUAUGUCGAUUGGAUUAAACGCCAAUUAGGUUCGGGACAACGGGAGCAGCCGGCACAGCAGUAG